AUGCAGGGUCUGAGAUGUGCACUUGGCACGCAGAUCGUCGUCGCUGGCCCAUGGCUCCAGGGCGAGGUGUACUACUACUACUACUACUACUACUACUACUACUACUACUACUACUCCUACUACUGCAACAAGAACCCUUUGAUCAUCAAUCUGAAAUUGACCCUAUCGAGUGAACAACAAGCGAUAUCCCAUAGGGCGAUAUCCACAUUUCCGCAGUCACGAAGGCUUAGCUUUGCGCGGUGGAAUAGGGAGGGGGAGGCCGCUCCGUUUCUCUCCUAA